AUGUUUUGUACCCUUAUGGAGCUCCGUCCGUUCCAUCAGGAAAACUACGACGGCGCUUGUAGUGAUAUAGGGAAAGCAGCCGCGAAUGUGGCCAAAAUUUGCAUGGAGAAAGCGUCCCGGGAGGAAUUGCAGAGGACAACGGAGGCGAGAGCAUUCCAGGAUCCGCGAGCCGUCGCUGUUUCAGUCGAUUGCGCGUGGGCCAGAAGAGGGUUCUCGUCCUUAUUCGGCCCAGUGGCCGUGGUGGGCGAGAGAAGCAACAAAGUCUUGGAUGUCACUGUCAAGAGUCUCCAUUUCUCGAUCUGUCCUCGGUGGAGAUCAGAUCAGGAGAGCGCAGAAUUCGACGAUUUGAUGGAAGAGCAUUCUCCGGAAUGCCAGAUCAAUCACGAAGGCUCAAGUGGUUCGAUGGAGUCGAGGGGUGCCGUCGAGCUCUUCCAGAGAUCGCUCGAAACGCGAGGCCUGAUUCACAAGCACUACAUAGGCGACGGAAAUUCCGCUGAGACGGUCAUAGCUCGAAUUAUCGACAUGAACAAGCGACCGAUGCCGAACAUGGACUCCGUUAUGCUUCGAUUGGCAAGACUUGCUGAGAGUGAGAGCGCUAAGAAGUAA